UCAGCUAGCAAAAGCAAGCACUCGAGCGAGUGGAGGGGAGCAAUGGCGGGCAACCGCAAGGCGGUGGCGCUGUGCGUGGUGGUGCUCGUCCUGGCGGUGGCGGCGGCGGGCGCGGCGAGCGCGGCGGCGUCGUGCAACCCGGCGGCGCUGUCCCCGUGCACGAGCGCGAUCAUGCUGGGCAUGGCGCCGACGCAGGGGUGCUGCGUGCAGCUGCGGGCGCAGCAGCCGUGCCUGUGCCAGUACGCGCGCGACCCUUCCUACAGCAGCUACGUCACCAGCCCCAGCGCGCAGCGCGCCGUCAGGGCGUGCAACGUCAGGCCCAACUGCUAAUUAAUCAUGCUGCUUACUCCUACUGCUGCUGCUGCUGUUAGCAGUAAAUAAACAUGGCUGCUGCGAGCUUCCUACCUAGCUAGGCAGGCAGGCAGGCAGCCGUCAAUUGCGUGCGUCUAUGUUUGUUUCCAUGUGUUCAGUUCAUCACUGUUACUACGUUCGUAUGGAAAUGGAAUUGCUGUUAUGAGAGUGAAGUUUAUGGAUAGAGCAAGAG